AUGUUAAAAAAACAUUCUGAAUUAUGGUCUUUUGCAGUCACUUAUUCUGAUUUCAAUGGGCAGGACAACCUCCAGGGCACAGACCGUGACAACCUCCAGGGCACAGACCGUGACAACCUCCAGGGCACAGACCGUGACAACCUCCAGGGCACAGACCGUGACAACCUCCAGGGCACAGACCGUGACAACCUCCAGGGUAUAGACCGUGACAACCUCCAGGUUAUAGACCGUGACAACCUCCAGGUUAUAGACCGUGACAACCUCCUGGUUAUAGACCGUGACAACCUCCAGGGUAUAAAAUGUGACAACCUCCAGGGUAUAAACCGUGACAACCUCCAGGGUACAGACUGUGACAACCUCCAGGGUAUAGACCGUGACAACCUCCAGGGUACAGACCGUGACAACCUCCAGGGUACAGACCGUGACAACCUCCAGGGUAUAGACCGUGACAACCUCCAGGGUAUAGAAUGUGACAACCUCCAGGGUAAAGACCGUAACAACCUCCAGGGUACUGACCGUGACAACCUCCAGGGUAAAGACCGUCACAACCUCCAGGGUAUAGACCGUGACAACCUCCAGGGUAUAGACCGUGACAACCUCCAGGGUAUAGAAUGUGACAACCUCCAGGGUACUGAUCGUGACAACCUCCAGGGUAUAGACCGUGACAACCUCCAGGGUACUGAUCGUGACAACCUCCAGGGUAUAGACCGUGACAACCUCCAGGGUAUAGACCGUGACAACCUCCAGGGUAUAGACCGUGACAACCUCCAGGGUAUAGACCGUGACAACCUCCAGGGUACUGAUCGUGACAACCUCCAGGGUACAGACCGUGACAACCUCCAGGGUAUAGACCGUGACAACCUCCAGGGUAUAGACCGUGACAACCUCCAGGGUACUGAUCGUGACAACCUCCAGGGUAUAGACCGUGACAACCUCCAGGGUACUGAUCGUGACAACCUCCAGGGUACAGACCGUGACAACCUCCAGGGUAUAGACCGUGACAACCUCCAGGGUACUGAUCGUGACAACCUCCAGGGUAUAGACCGUGACAACCUCCAGGGUAUAGACCGUGACAACCUCCAGGGUACUGACCGUGACACUAUCGUCACAUAG